CAAUAUAACAUUCUACAUACUAUAUUCAACUUUUCUAUUUACGAUUUUUUAGCUAAUGGAAACAAACGUUAACUCAUUUUUCUUCUGAAAACUUAACAAAGAAUAAAUAUUAAGGACAUUCUUAUAUAGUACACAAAAUGUUUUGGGGUAUAUUAUCCUUAGCAAUAAUUCCAAGUGUUGUUUCCACUUCAAACUUGGAAAGGAGAAAGAAGAUUAGACAAGGUGUAUCGGUUAGUUGGUUAAACAUGAGACGAUAUUCUAAUCGCAUUUUAAACAUCACGGCUAUAGCAUCGUUUUCCACAACUACAAAAGAAAAGUGCGGAAGUCUAUGUUUGUCAACUCCAACAUGUAAGAGUUUGAAUUUGAAAGAAGAAUCUCCCUCUCAAUACCAAUGUGAAUUGCUUGAUCAAAACAUGUUUGAAGCAAAUUGCGCCUUUUUAUGGGAUGAAAUCACAUCUCACUUUGCCUUUGUGAGCAACUGCACGAACGAUUAUAAUAUCUGCAAUGAUCCACGUACGAUUUGUGUUCCUGAUGAGAGGUUGAAUACAUAUACAUGCGAACAAAAGCAAAAUAUUCAACUCAAUCAGAAAAGCUUUUGUCCACUUGGAAACUAUCAUCUCCAAGUUUACAAUGUGAAUUGGAGACUUCCAUAUUGUUUUCUUUGUCGAGGACUUGAUGGGUCUAUUAUGAUUCUUAAAAACUCCCAAUUAAGUGGCAACAGGACUUGGAAGGAAUACAGGAAUGGUUUUGGUAAAGUAAACAAGAAUGGAGAUUUUUGGAUUGGUUUAGAAAUGCUACAUCAACUAACAAACCCACCAGUCAUUCUUUCCUUCUAUAUAGCAGAUUCAACGGGCCAGGGAUACGAUGUUGAACUGCAUGAGUUUACUGUUUCAUCAGAAUUGGAUUUUUACAGGAUGCACGUCGCUUCACAAGGAGGAGAAAAUAACCUUGUGGAUUACCAUUCCGGGAAACCAUUUAGUACGUUCGACCAUGGCAUAAAUACAGAAAAAGCAAAAUUAUUUGGCUCUGGAUGGUGGUAUGGUGAUACAGAAGGGAUGAAUUGGUUCACAAGACAUGAUAAAGGUUUAAGUGGUUUCAUUACUGAGAGAAAAUUGAAAAUAUUUAAUGUUCGCAUAUCACGCUAUGUAAACACAUAAGUGGGGGGGUUAGAAACAUAAAACAAAGAAAUAACUGGCAUACAGUAACGUUCUCCAUUUUAAACUCGCUUCACACUUUUUUUAAAAAAAACAAAAAGCAGAGACAAAGAGAGAAAAGCUAGCAAUGAUCAAAUAGUUUUUUUGAGAGAUGACUUAAGAAAUGAAAUAAUUAAAAUAUGCCUCGAACUUUCGCUAUGUGGAACAAAUUCUGCUGUUUGUUGCGAAUGUUAGAUAAAGAGAGUUUGCACUAAUUCUAUUUUGAAAUUUUAAAAGUACUCAUAAAUCUUUUCUGAUUUAUUUACCCUUCGGCCUAAAAACGACUCUCUUCACAAUAAACCAGUAUUUUCUGGCCUAUGGGCAUGCCAAUUUUCAAAGAUUUAGAAUGUUAAAAGACGCAUUCCCAUUUAUAGUCCCAAUGGCAUAGCACUGGUUGAAACAAAGAAAUAUAUCUAAAAACAUAAAUUUAUAUAUAACCCCUUAUGUAUGACAUCAGCGCUUAUUUUCAAUUUUUUUAUGAACAAAAU